AUGGCCGAGAUUGUUUCCAACAACUCUCACCUCUUCCCACAUACCUUUUUCUUGGUUGGCAUCCCAGGACUGACUGCUGCCCACAUUUGGAUCUCACUUCCUUUCUGUUUCAUGUUUUUCUUGGCACUGACUGGGAAUGGCAUCCUGCUUUUUCUCAUCUGGACAGAGCACAGUCUUCACCAGCCCAUGUUUUUGUUUCUGGCCAUGCUGUCUUUUGUUGACCUGGUCCUCUCCCUUUCCACUCUGCCCAAGAUGCUGGCUAUAUUUUGGUUUGAUGCUACAGCCAUCAGCUCCUUCUCCUGCCUUUCCCAGAUGUUUGUCAUCCAUGCAUUCUCUGCCAUGGAGUCAGGGGUGCUCGUGGCCAUGGCUUUCGACUGCUUUGUGGCUAUCUGUAAUCCACUGCAUUACGCAACCAUCCUGACCCCAGUUGUUGUCACCAAGAUUGGGGGCCUGGUGGUGCUUCGAGGUGUGGGGUUGACCAUCUUCUUUCCAAGCUUGGCUCGUCGACUGCCCUACUGUGGCUCGCACAUGAUUGCCUAUACCUACUGUGAACAUAUGGCAGUGGUAAAGCUGGCCUGUGGGGCCACCACUGUGGACAACCUCUAUGCUUUUACCGUGGCAGUCUUUCUUGGUGUCGGGGAUGUGGCCUUUAUUGCCUACUCCUAUGGGCAGAUUGUGAAGACUGUGAUUCGUAUUCCCUCACCCGAGGCGCGUGCAAAAGCAGGCAGCACGUGCACAGCUCACGUCUGUGUCAUCUUCUUCUUUUAUGGACCAGGCUUUCUUUCUGUGGUCAUGCAGCGCUUUGGGCCACCCACAGCCUCUGCUGCCAAGGUCAUCCUUGUUAAUCUUUACUUGCUCUUUCCUCCUGCAUUGGAUCCCAUUGUCUAUGGGGUUAAAACCAAGCAGAUCCGGGAGCGGCUGUUCACAAUUCUAGGCUCCAAACAGAUUGAUCCCACUUGAGUAUAAUUUUCAUCAGCUGAACAUCAGGGGCCACAGUGGCCCUCUCCCAUGGGGCAGAAGCCUCACAGCUCAGGUACAUUUGUCUGGUGGGGACAGUGAAGAUAAAGGAAAUUAAGUUAUCUUUAGAGGCUGUAAAUUGCAAAAUAACUUCUGGUUUCUGUGAUGUUCAGCUAUUAGGGAAAAAGACUAAGAAGGGCUGUUAUAUCUCAACUAAUAAUUAAGCAAGUAAUUUUCUGAUACCAUUUUUAUCCAAAAGCUUAUAGUUUAUUUGUGCUGAUAUUACAAAUACAUCAAGUAACUAAGAAACAGGACUUUGAUGGAUCUAGAUUCAAGUGACUGGGGGGUUCAGGGAGAGAGGAACUGGAUAUCUAUUUGGGGCAUUGAAACA